AUGUCCUCAGUUCUUGUCAAAUUUUCGCCUCUCUUUUUGCGGAUUUUGCCUUCGAAACUACCAAGAAAAAGAAUGCUUUGUGACUCACAGUUCACUUCUUUCAUUUUCCUUGAUCUUGAAACAACAGGACUCAAAAAUCCUCGUGGAAUUACUGAGCUAAGCAUGAUAGCUGUCGAACGAGAACAUAUCAUUGAGAGUUCCGCAACCAAAACAGUCCCUCGUUUGCUCGAUAAAUUUACCACUUCGGUUAGACCUACGAAAGCGAUCGAGUUAGAUGCUUCUACGAUAAGCAGGAUAUCAGAAGGAGAUCUCGAGAGGAAGAAAGAAUUUGAUAUUGAGCUUGGAAGAAUUGUCAAAUCGUUCAUCAUUAGACAACCACAACCAGUGUGUUUGGUUGCUCACAAUGGCGACAGCUUUGACUUCAAAAUUCUUGUUUCUCAUCUUCAAGCUGUCGGAACAACUUUACCCGGAACAGUUCACGCCUCUGAUUCGGUCAAAGCGUUUCGAAAACAACACAAAGAAGCUGAAAAUGGGAGAAAUAAUGAAGAGGUUGUGGGAGAAGAUGUGAAUCGAAGAGGAAAGCGAAAUUGUUCCUUAAAACAUUUGUACAGUACCUACGUUGGCGAGGAAAUCGUUGACGCCCAUAGUGCAGAGGCAGAUGCGUUUGCUCUGUUAAAACUCGUUGUCCAUAAGCCAGAAAUACUGAUAUACUUAGAAGAUGAGGCACGUCGACUUUAUCCCCAAGAGGAGGAAAUUGCAAGGGAUCCCGAAGAACCACAGAUGUGUGUGGAAGAAAAGUCUGCAAGCCAAGUUCAAAAUGCAAAUUCUCCACCGUUAAAGAAAGGGCGAACAACGUAAUGAUUGCUCUUUAUCUUAAUUUAAAACAGUCGAAGGGUGAAAACCUUAGCUAAUAUUUGCCCUUAUUUUGUGAUUAUCUUAGAUGUGAUAGUGAUUGCACUUUCAACAAUUUAACCCUUUAACUCCCAAGAUCUUAUUGUCAAUUCUCCCCUCUUGCUGCCGUUUCCUUAUUCAUUGGUCAGGAGAAACAGGUGUUUGAUAAAGAUAAAAUCUUCUAACUGAUGAGGUUGAAUAAUCUCAUUGGCUGUUUUCUGGAUAAUUUAUGAAUAUUAUAGGAAUGAGUUACACAUUAAUCACUUCUCCGAGUUAAAGGAUUAAGCACCUGCUUGACUAUGAUGAUCCAGUCUGUAGUGUAUCGCAGAAUUUGACGAGAUCUCAUGCAUGCAAAGGCAAUUUUGCCAUGUGAAAUGUAUGGUAAGAAAGGAAAAAUUUGACUGCAUAUGUGCCAUACUCCGCAGACAGAGUGAUGAUGACCUCCACUCAGGCUUUUAAUUAUUCAGUCACUUUCACAGGGAGCAAUCUCUUUCAAGACUGCCCUUAUUGAGACCAUCACAGAAUGCAAUCUGAUAAAAAAGACAAGCAAACCAAAACAAAGCAGUUGUAAUUUGGAAGUAGUUUAAACAGUGGCUAUAUGCUAUACAGUUGUAUUUUAUCACAAUAUGGGGUGCAC